GAAGGAAUGGAAAACUUGUAUGUGCGUAAGUAUGUGUGUGUGCGCAAGGGGGUGGAUCUGUAAGUUAGGAAGAUGGCUUGCAGAUGGGACCACCCACACAAGCCCACACACACCUGGACAGAGGUAAUACAGAACCUUCAGCACCUCAGCUGAGUCAAGAGAACUCACACAGACAAAACACCAUGUCUUCCGCAAAAGAUGCAGUAACUGACUGGGAUGCAGACUUUACAUACGACUAUAAAACUCUGCGUGUGGGAGGACUGGUCUUUGCCGGGGUGGUCGUGCUCCUUUCCUUUGUUCUGUUGCUUGGUAACAAGGUCAGAAACUGUGGCAAAACCAAGCGUAAACCUGUUGCAGAAGAAGAUUACUGAGCCAAGCAGUGGAAGCAACCGAAAAACACAAAAGGAUGCAAGAAUAUGCUACUGUCAAUUGUUAAGUGUGUGACAUGAAAACAUUUUGUAUUAAUAAAGUAUAUGUAACCGAAA